AUGGAGAAGCCGCAGCUCCUCUGCGUGAAGUUGGCACUGUCGCCAGAGUUCGAAGCCUUCCCCCAUGUCAUCCAGUCUGUCAGCGACCUCCUUCUACCGGGAACGAUCGACGGUGCCAUCUACAACGACCUCCACCGCAUCAAGAAAGUGUACGAGCCCUUCCUCCCUAUCACCGUCGGAGCUAUGGAUGGAGCUGCAGCCAGAGGACGUUUGGACAUCCUGCAGAGGCUGCAAAAUGCUCAUGGAGAAGGCUGUUCAUCCGCCGCAUAUGUCGGUGCAGCCGCUCAUGCUCAUCAGGAGGUUAUCUGGUGGCUCAAUGAGUUCUACGAGAGCUUGGCUCCACCGGCCGAGAUGGUUCGCGCUGCUGCUCGAAAUGGCCACAUCCGGGUGGUGGACUUGUUGUGGAGAAAGUUGAGCCGCGAUGAGUUGGAGUCCGCUCUGGAAGUGGCUACAGCGAGCGGACACAACGACGUGGUGGAACUGCUUCGCGUGAAGAUGAUCGAUAGCUAA